AGUAAACGAUUUUAAGAAGAAGAAGAAAGAUGGUGUUAGAAGAUUCACAAGUUUACACUUUUCUAAGUGUACAAUAAACUCUGCACGGCGUAGCAGUUACCCUGUACCAGUGAGCUCCAAUUCCAAACUACACCCAGAAAUUUAUGCUCGAUUACCCUCCCACAAAAUCCUAAACCCUAGCACAAUAGCCAUGGAUCUGGAGGAUCAGGACCUUUUGUUGGAAGAUGAUGAGGUGGAACAAGACUACACCUACUUUCUUCGUCAAUAUUUGGAAGAGGAAGACCGCCUCGAAGAUGACGAUGGUGAUGGUGUUGUUCACUUAGCUGAACCAUCUUUGCACACAUAUCUCGGUGAAAUUGAAGACACUCGCCACAGAACUGCUUUCUUGGAUGGUGAUUCUGUUGUGAACCUUCCCCUGUUUCGCCUUCAAGGUAUAUCAUUAUUAUCUGUGUUUAUGCUGCUUCUGCUCUUCAUUGUUGUACACAAUCAAGGGAAUAGUGGGAAUUAUUGUGGAAUUAGAGUUUUGUACUUUCAGGGUUAUCAUCAUGUUUGCAUAAUGUUGCAUUGUCACUCUGUUAUGGGAUAUUUUCAAGUUUCCACAGGUUUUGGAUUCUGUUGGAUUAUUCGACAAUAUGGACGUCUACAGGAUGGUUCGUUGAAUGUGGUGACUCGCGGACAACAACGAUUUCGCCUAAGAAGGUGUUGGAAUGAUGCAGAUGGAGUGCCUUAUGGAGAGAUUGAAAUUAUUGAGGAAGGUCUACCAUUGAAAACACCAAGGGAUGUGUUUGGGGAAUUAGGAUCAUCAUCGGCCAGGAGCAGUGGUGAUAAAGUCACAGGGAAGUCAUAUCAGGAAAUCAGAUCAAAUCUAAAUGAAACUGAAGCAAAGGAUUCAAGAAUCGCUAGCUGUUCAACUUCCGGAAAUCAGUCAGGCAUAGGAGAAGAGCUUAAUGACUCUUUUGAAAAUAGAUAUGCCUACCCAUCAAAUAAAAUAUCAACGGCAUUCUGGCCUCACUGGGUAUAUCGUAUGUUUGACUCCCAUUCGCUUGCACAAAGGGCUGCAGAUAUGUGGAGGAAGAUAAUUGGGGUGCCUAGCAUGGAUAAUCUCGUUAAGAAGCCUGAUAUUUUAUCAUUUUAUAUUGCUAGUAAAAUACCUGUGUCUGAAUCUACAAGGCAGGAGCUUUUGGACAUCAAUGGCAUUGCAUAUAGAUUGCGCAAGGAAAUUGAAUUACUAGAGAGUAUUGAUAUUAUCCGAUGUAAAAGCUGCCAGACUAUAAUUGCAAAACGAAGUGAUAUGUUGGUGAUGUCAAGUGAGGGCCCUCUUGGUGCUUAUGUGAACCCAGGUGGUUAUGUACAUGAAAUAAUGACUCUUCACAAGGCAAAUGGCUUAGACCUCGUCGGGCCACCGGCUACAGAAUAUAGUUGGUUUCCUGGGUAUGCAUGGACAAUCACUCGUUGUGCCUCAUGCAGAACUCAAAUGGGGUGGCUUUUUACAGCCACCACCAAGAAACUGAAACCUAGGUCGUUUUGGGGGAUACGAAGUUGUCAAGUUGCAUAAGAAAUGGGCCAAAACCUUCAAUCUUGUUUAUGCAAUAUGGCCAUACAGUUUAUAAGUUUGAUAUAUGUAUAUGACAGCACUUAUGGUGAGUGUGUGUAUCUUAUGCCAUGUUUAUCUAGAAUUCUAGUUUUAGUUAUAUAG